GUGCCAGAGACAGAGAGCGUAUACACAGCACACACCUCCCUCCCUGCCUCCGGCGUGACUGCUCUCUCCCUCUGUCACCACAGACUCUCCACCGAUUCACUACCGGCUGCCUCAUCCAGGCAUGGCAGACGGCUUUACGCCAUCAUGGCAGUGCUACAUUACACCCUUGACUUCAAGCUCCGUGCGCCAGCUGAUGUCUCUGCGACUGUGCGUGGCCUGCAGUCUAUAUUUCAAGAGCAGGAAAUGACAGAGAACGUCCAUGACUCGGAGGGACUCGGAUAUCUGGCAACCUUUGUCGGCAAGAAUGGCAGGUUUGCCAUCUUACGAAUGCACUCCCAUGGUCUGGUGACCUUUGACCUGCAGUGUCUUGAAGGGGAUGAUGUAGCGCAAGUAGACAAUCUACUGAAUGCACUGGAGAAGAAAUUAAAAGCUCUCCUAGAUGGAAAUAUCCAAAGGAUCAAGAGACUCCCUGUGCUGAUUCGAGGCAGUGAUGUGGACCGCUACUGGCCCACGGCUGACGGCAGGCUGAUGGAAUAUGAUAUUGAUGAAGUUGUGUACGAGAAGGACUCCGCCUACCAGAACAUCAAAAUCUUGCACUCGCGGCAGUUUGGCAAUAUACUCAUCCUUAACGGGGAUGUCAAUCUGGCAGAAAGUGAUCUGCCCUACACUCAGGCCAUUAUGGGCAGCGGCAAAGAGCACUAUGCUGGAAAGGAGGUACUGAUUCUUGGAGGAGGAGAUGGUGGAAUUCUCCACGAGGCGGUGAAGCUCAAACCAAAGAUGAUCACCAUGGUUGAGAUUGACGAGCUGGUCAUUGAUGGAUGUCGGAAACACAUGAGGAAGACAUGCGGGAAUGUUUUAGAUAACUUGAAGGGAGAUUGUUAUGAGGUUUUGGUUCAAGACUGUGUUCCCGUACUAAAAAAGUUUGCAGAGCAAGGGAGGACGUUUGAUUAUGUCAUAAAUGACUUGACAGCUGUCCCAAUUUCCACGGCACCUGAGGAAGAUUCAACAUGGGAAUUCCUGAGACUCAUCCUUGACCUCUCCAUUAGAGUCCUGCGUCCUGGUGGAAAGUACUUCACACAGGGUAAUUGUGUGAAUCUGACUGAUGCGCUCAGUGAAUAUGAAAUGCUUUUGGGGAGACUUUCGUGCAAAGUGGAUUUUUCCAAAGAGGUGGUCUGUGUUCCCUCAUAUAUGGAGCUCUGGGUGUUUUACACCAUCUGGAAGAAGUAAUGUCUCUUCCUUCUUCACUCUCUCCUCCAAGUCCUGCCGGAAUGUGAAGAUUUCCCCCUCACCCUCUGAUGCACUGUGGAGAAACGUGCACAUAUCUCUCCAAGCACUGUUUCCAUUUCUACUGUCCCUUCACGUCCAACAGUUAACAGCCUUCCCUGUUUUGAGAUGGCUAGUUGCAUCUUUGUGUUUGAAAUUUCACAGAGUUCCGUGUUUAGUUUGUUUGCCUGUGUUGGCUUGAUGUAGUUUGCUUGGAGUCCUCCAGGGAGCGCUGUGGUGCGGUGUGUGAGUGACACUGGAGGGUGGCGAAGCAUCCAGACACAUUUCUGACUCCUGCCUUUGAGGAUUUGCUCUUACGAUUCAGAUUUUACAAAGCAAUUUGUGUUUUACUGUAGCUCCACCGUUUUUCUUUUUGUUGGCCUUUGUGUUUAAAUUUUUUGGCAACCUUUCGUAACUGUGGCUUGAGUGUGAUUUGAUUCAUGGUGCUUCACAGAGAGUUCAUUGACAGUGUUGCAUUCUGGGAUUUCACUGAUUAGUCUAUUGAAGCCCCUAAAUAUGUCUUAAAAGGGAAAAAAAAGUAAUUUUCUGUGGCAAUUUUCAUUCUUGUUUUCUUUUUACUGAACUGUGAAUGUUGAAUUUUUAAUAAUUAGCACAAACUAGGUCAAUAGUGGGUUUCCCUGCUCAAUGUUUUUGCAAGGAUUAAAAAAAAUAUAUAUAUUAAGAAAGAAGUUUUUACUGAAUGUAGGCCACUUAGAUUCACACCCUUUUAUCGAUAAGGUGCUUCGUUGAUAUUAUUUAUUCUUGAUUUUAUUUUACCAUAUACCAGUGAUCCUGCCCUGAAAAGUAACUUCUGUUAAUGAGUAAUAAUCAUCUAUUAAAGCAGUUGAGGAGAAACAUG